AUGCGUGACGACUACAUGAAGUUCGAGCUCCGCGACACCGACGCAAGCGUCGCCAACGCGCUCUGGCGAAUGAUGAUCGCCGAGGCCCCCACCGUCGCCAUCGACUCGUCGAGAUCGAGAUCUACUCGUCCGUGCUUAACGACGGGUUCAUAG